CUCCAACAUGGUAAGUCGAGUCGGUCGUAUACCUGACUCUUCUCUCAUUUUGCAUUGCUUUGCUUCUAUCUUGGAACCUUUGAGAGGUCGCCAUUGCCCUUUCAAGUGAUGCCACCGACUAUUCGCAGGCUUUAGGCUUCUAUUAUUCAAAAUAUCACAUUAGUUUUGAACUUGCCGUAAGCAUGGCAUCACAAGAGUAUGAGGGUAAUGAAGGAGGUGGCUAUGAGAGCAACAGAGACGACGGCGAGGGUUUCUCAGAUACGCCAACAACACAAGCUACUACCACAGCGAAUCCGGCCAGCGCCGCUACUUCGCCAGCAUCACAAGCCACCAAUGCCGCCACAAACCCGCAAGCUGGGGUCUCUUCUUCUGGAGCCGGAGCCAGCGCCGGAAUCAUAGUCGGAAUCACAGUCGCCGUCGUUGUCGUUAUCGUCUUGAUAGCCGUCACUACCU